AUGAUCGUUAUCAACACACGUGAUGAUAAAGAUAAGCUCGUUAGCGCUCGAAAGUUUUCUGAGCGCAAGACCAGGCGCAAAAAGUUUCCAGCUCCAAGCCAACCAACACCCCAAUCCCCAACCCAUCAAACCGCAACCAUGGGUCGCGAACUCCAGAAAAAGAAGAAGAGAUCUUCAAUCGCGAAGAUAAAAAUGAAGCCGAAAUCCAAGAAGAUAAAUCCCCUAGGGAACCCAAUUAUCGCCGCGAACUGGUGCGUUUCUCCCUCUCUCUAUCCACCCCUUCUAUCCAGUGACAGAAAAUCUAAUCAACGAUGCAAUUAGGAACCAAUCUGAGACCCUCACCCAGAAUUACAGACGUUUAGGUCUCGCCUCGCGAUUAAACAGCGCCACAGGAGGCGUCGAAAAACUGCGUCCCGGGGACCCCUCUCCUUCCUCGACGACCUCCCGUCUCGCCAUCUCACAUGCGGUCCCGAAGAUGCUAGCGCCGUCCGAGGCGCGUGUAGGAAGGGAUGCGGAGGGGAAGAUUGUGCGUGUCAUACAUACCGCGCCUAAGCAUGAGAAUCCUCUUAAUGACCCUCUAAACGACCUCGAAGAAGGGGAUUACAUGGAUGAAGACGCGGGUGUGGAGGGGAAGGAGAAAAAUCCUAUUGUGGAGCAGCUGGAAGAGAUGGCAGGCCGGGUUGCGGAGAAGAAACCGAGGAAGCAGAGUGUGAGGGAGAGGGAGUGGAUUGAGAGGUUGGUGGGUAGGUGGGGGGAUGAUGUCAGGGCGAUGGUGAGGGAUAGGAGGUUGAAUCCUAUGCAGCAGACUGAGGGCGAUAUUCGGAGACGGAUUGCGUUGUAUAAGGGUGAGGACAAGGCUUGAAAUGCUGCUCCUUGCUUUUUACCCCGGACUUGGAGAUGGUGUGGGUGUUCUCUUGCGCUGGUACUUUGUACGGAAUUGUAGCUUGGCGUUAGGAGUUUGGGUUGUACCUGCAAUGAUGGAUGGGAAGGGA